AACAUCUUCAGUCUCAUUCCCGACCCAUUUCAAAGAGUCCCCAGAUGUUGCAGCUUAUACAAUAGCCCUUUACCUUCAACUUCAUCAAUUCGAUGUGAGGCGGCGGAUUCAUCGUUGUCGUUCUCUAAGAGUAGUGGGGAACAAGCGUCAUUGUCGUUGACGGCAAAUUUGAUGGAAUCGGGGAAGAAUAGUGGGCCGUACCCAGGUGGGAUGGGCCCGUACACCGGUAGAGAUCCGAAUGUGAAGAAGCCAGCGUGGUUGAGGCAGAGAGCUCCUCAAGGUGACCGGUUCGAAGAGAUUAAGAAAUCCUUGUCCCAUUUGAAACUUAACACUGUCUGCGAGGAGGCUCAGUGCCCGAAUAUUGGGGAGUGUUGGAAUGGAGGGGGUGAUGGUAUAGCAACAGCAACAAUCAUGCUUCUGGGAGAUACUUGCACCCGUGGAUGUAGAUUUUGUGCUGUGAAGACCAGUAGAAAUCCAGCACCACCUGAUCCAAUGGAACCACAAAAUACUGCCAAGGCCAUCGCGAGUUGGGGUGUAGAUUAUAUUGUUCUAACAAGUGUAGAUCGUGAUGAUAUACCUGAUGGAGGAAGUGGACAUUUUGCUCAGACUGUCAAAGCUAUGAAGAAGCUGAAACCUGAGAUCAUGGUUGAGUGUUUAACAUCUGAUUUCCGGGGUGAUUUGAAGGCUGUAGAGACUCUGGUUCACUCAGGCUUAGAUGUCUUUGCUCACAACAUUGAAACAGUGAAACGGCUUCAAAGAAUUGUUAGAGAUCCUAAGGCUGGGUAUGAACAAAGCUUGUCAGUUCUAAAACAUGCAAAACAUAGCAAGGAAGGUAUGAUAACAAAAACUUCUAUAAUGCUGGGCCUUGGAGAGUCCGAUGAUGAGGUGAAGGAAGCCAUGGCUGAUCUAAGGUCCAUUGAUGUUGAUAUUCUAACACUCGGUCAGUAUUUGCAGCCAACUCCAUUGCACUUGACUGUCAAAGAGUAUGUCAGUCCUGAGAAAUUUGCUUUCUGGAAAGAAUAUGGGGAAUCUAUUGGUUUUCGAUAUGUAGCCAGCGGACCUUUGGUACGAUCUUCAUACAGGGCCGGAGAGCUGUUUGUGCAGACAAUGGUGAGAGAGAGGACAAAGAAUGCUACUGGCUCAGCCUUGUAACUUAGAGCUCUGUGAUUUGGAAAGUGAGCGACAACGAAGAGAUUGCCACGCAUACAAUUGGUGUUGAGUGCUUACUCCAAUGGUUAUGAUGUCUACUUCUAUUGUUAAUUAUAUAAUCAAAUUGCCACGAGAAAUGCUGCGAGCAAUUUUUUCUUAUUUUAUGUGUAUAUUUAUUCAUUAUAUGUUGGAAACAUUAAAUGAUGACAAUCGCUGGUGAUUAUUCUUUUCAGUGAUAAUGACUGAAAGAUUAUAGGCUAUAGAACUUGAUCAUUUGUAGAUUUUCUAAGGACUAAAGAGUGUUUGUGCAGGGUUUUGACACUGA